GAUGUGUAUGAGAGUUUCAAUAUUCUCAUGAGAAGAAAGCCAAAAGAGAACAAUUUCAAGGCUGUACUAGAAACCAUUCGGGAUAUGAUGAAUGCAGAAUGUGUGGUACCUGAGUGGCUUCAUGAUAUUUUUCUUGGUUAUGAUGAUCCUACUGCCGCUCACUAUAGCAGAAUGCCCAACCAAAUAAAAAUACUGAACUUCAAUGACACAUUCCUGAAUUACCAACACCUGAUUGAUUCCUUCCCAAAGUAUGAUGUUAAGUUCAUGACUGAUGAUCUAUCAAAGAGAAUACCGCCCUUCAGAAUAACAUUCCCAGAUACCAGUGCCUCAAAGAAGAGGAAACUUGAAGAAGAGAAGCCAAGCUCAACUAAGCAAGAAAUUGUUGUUGAGUCAUUCCAAGUGCCAAACAGAGGUCCUUACCCUUUCAACCAACCCAAGAGAAAUGCAGUUCCAUUCACGCCAACUCAAGUUGAAGCAAUUCGUGCUGGGAUGCAACCAGGACUGACUAUGGUUGUUGGUCCCCCUGGUACUGGUAAGACAGAUGUGGCAGUUCAGAUCAUCUCAAAUCUCUAUCACAAUUUCCCUGAACAGAGAACAUUACUGGUAACCCAUUCUAACCAGGCAUUGAAUCAACUCUUUGAAAAAAUCAUGGCACUAGAUAUUGAUGAGCGCCACUUGUUACGUCUUGGUCACGGUGAAGAAACACUUGAAACAGAGAAGGAUUUCAGCAGGUAUGGACGUGUUAAUUUUGUGCUUGCAACAAGAUUGGAACUGCUCAAACAAGUCCAAAGAUUACAGGAGAGUUUUGGUGUCCAUGGUGAUGUGUCAUACACAUGUGAGACUGCUGGCUAUUUCUACUUAUACCAGGUUGUUUCACGCUGGGAAGAAUACAAAAGCAAACUGAGGAGUGAGAAAGGAAAUGUGGCGGCAAUUGCUGAAUUGUUUCCAUUCAAAGAGUUUUUUGCUAAUGCUCCACAGCCAAUCUUUAAAGGUCAGUCCUGGGAAGAAGACAUGGAAAUCACUGAGCAUUUUUGAUUCAAUUAUUUCCAAGGUCGCGAUAGAACCAACUACUUGCUGGUAAAAGAGGCCAAGAUCAUCGCCAUGACCUGUACCCAUGCUGCUCUAAAACGAAGAGAUUUGGUCGAGCUUGGUUUCAAGUACGAUAAUGUCCUUAUGGAAGAAGCAGCGCAGAUUUUGGAAAUCGAAACCUUUAUUCCACUUCUUUUACAGAAUCCCGAGGAUGGUUAUAACCAAUUAAAACGUGUGGUGCUCAUCGGUGAUCAUAACCAGCUUCCGCCUGUCAUCAAGAAUAUGGCCUUCCAGAAAUUUUCCAACAUGGAGCAGUCAUUGUUCACUCGUUUCGUUCGCCUGGGUGUCACUACUGUCCAGUUAGACGCACAGGGACGUGCUAGACCCAGGUAAACAGAAAUGUUCCAAGUUAUAUCUUUAGGAGUUUUAAUUCACAUACACCUAAUUCAAAAACCGUUGUCAUCGCCAAAGGCGAUAGCUAUAGGCGAUAGGUCAUUCCGACAUGGAAAUGGUUUCGUUGAAUACAAAGAAUCAAACCUUGGUGAAGCAGAAUAUUCUGUGGCUAUWUUCAUGUACAUGCGUCUGAUUGGAAUCCCUGCAGAAAAGAUAGCCAUCUUGACAACAUACAAUGGACAAAAACACUUGAUAAGAGAUGUUAUCAACCAGAGGUGUCAAGAAAUUAAUAUUUUGCCAUCUUGUAUCUUCCAGGUCACCACAGUAGAUCGUUACCAAGGGCAACAAAACGAUUACAUCAUCCUGUCCCUGGUUCGUACYAGGGCUGUUGGUCACCUUAGAGACGUUCGUCGUCUCGUCGUUGCUAUGUCACGUGCCAGGCUCGGUCUCUAUAUCUUGGCGCGUGUUGAGCUGUUCAACAACUGCUUUGAGCUCAGCCCAGCAUUUAAUCAGCUCAUCCAACGGCCAUUACAGCUGUAUUUAGCACCGCACGAGAGAUACCCAUCGGACAGAAGGGUAGGAACACCUCCCAAUGGUCAUCCGCUGAUCAUCACAGACAUGAUUCACAUGCAUCGYUUUGUCUAUGACUUCUAUCAGGACCAUGUUAGAGAACUGCAAACACAGUCACAUUAUGCAGCCAAGGAAACUGGUGCCAUUCCACAACCACCAAAACARGAUGAUCAGACGGAAUCAUUGAAGGAAGACACAGAAAUGGCGGAACCAGAACCGAAGAAAGAAGAAAGUCCAAAAGAGGAGUCGGGCACUCUUAUUGUCAACGAAGUAAAGGACUAACUUCCGUGAUUUUGAAGAUGUUUACAUAAAUGUAUAGACUUUUUUAUUGCCAAGAAACCAAACACUUUGUGCAAAUAAACACGUUUUCAUGUAUAGAAAUGACUAAUAAAGUUAGUUGCUGGAUUAAA